GCGGAAGUAGUUAGUGAAUAGCAACAGUUAGCCUGUGUGGUCCAUGUUGAUGUGAUCAAAAGACUCCAAAAAAGGAAAAUGUCAGCGCAAACGAUAACAGUGACAGUUACAUACGGAUCUGCUAAGCACAGCAUCACAUUAACGGCUCAUGAUGACGGUAAGGGUCCGACUGUCAAAGACCUGUCAGAUGCUCUCACUCAAGCCACCGGAGUUCCAUCAGCCUCACAGAAACUCAUCUUCAAAGGAAAAUCACUGAAGGACAUGGAGGAGAGUCUAUGCAGCUAUGGAGUAAAAGAAGGCUGCAAACUCAUGAUGAUUGGAAAGCGAAACAGCCCUGAGGAAGAAGCGGAACUGAAGAAGCUUAAAGACAUUGAGAAAUCUGUGGAGCAGACGGCUAAAAAGCUGGAAAAAGUGGACGGGGAGUUGACUGGACUCAAGAAUGGCUUCCUGGCCAAAGACCUCCAGGCUGAGGCGCUGGGUAAACUAGAUCACAGAGUGAAAAUAGCAGCUGAGCAGUUCAUGAAGAUUCUGGAGCAGAUUGAUGCUCUGAGUGUCCCAGAAAAUUUCAGCGAUUGCAAAAUGAAGAAAAAGGGACUUGUGAAAACAGUGCAGGAUUUCCUGGCUCAGUGCGACAAGAUUGAGGCCUGUAUAUCAGACCACUUAUCAAAGAUCCAGUCGAAAAACCUUGCCCUGGCGGAGUAGAGCUACAAAGCCUCCCAUAUCGUGUGCUAUACAUUGCUCUGUGAGCAACUGCAAAGUGUACAGAAAGCUUCAGCUGUGGAGCAGAUCCUUGUGUAUUUAUUGUUGAAAUGAUGUGUAUGAGAAACCCCUCAUCACAGAGAGUCCUGUGAACAGACGGCUGUGUAACGACACUGAUGCAUAUACCACAGAUGUAUUCUCUGGGUUGAAGAUAGAUAUGAGGUUCUUUCUAAGAUACUGUAACCACAGGGACUCUGUGAAAGGAUCAGAGGUGCUUUGAAUUGUGGAAUUAUUUUGAUCCCUUUAAAGUAUCCAAAACUAGUGAUCAGUAUAUCUAAUUAUCCAUCAUGACAUCAGAAAGCUGAAAAAAAUCACCAGUCCAUUACCCAGUAUCCCACAAACCUGUUUUUUUAUCAUUGUGAUGUACCAGGUGCUGAGUAUUACAUAUGGCAAUUUGUACACACAUGGCCAAAAGUGAGUGGACACACAUUACAUUACACCUAUGAGAUUCUUUAAAAUCCAAAAUGAUAAGUUUUACUAUGCCAUGCUAACAACCUCCACUAUUCUUAGGAGGGCUUUCCAUAGGAUUUUGGAACUUGGCUGCGGUGAUUUGCUCCCAUUCAGUAACAAAAGCGGUGGUUAGGUGCUGUAGUUGUAGUGAGAGAUAAAGCUGGACUUACGAGUUGGUGUUCCACUUCAUACCAAAGGUGUGGGGUAGGGUUGAGCUCAGAUAGAUAUACACUGAAUAUCUUUGGGUUUGGAACUGUUGUUCACACAACAAGCAGUUUUAUAGCAUUAGAAAAAUUUCAUAAAACAACCUUGUUUUGCAGACCAAAGGAUUAAUCAAGAAAAUAAGUUUAGGCCCGCUGCAGACCAAGAGCAAAACUGCUCAAUGUUGUCCAGAUAAUUUUGGCCAUAUAUUGUAUGUAAUUAUUAUUCAGUAUACAUUAAGAAUCAGAACCAAACUAACACCUUUUGUUUAAUCCAGUGAGUGAUCCCAUGUGUAUCUUUGGAAUGUGUGUGUGACCGUGGAAUUUUAAUUUCUUUAAACCAUCUCCAAGAACAACACAUCUUAUCUAUUUUCCUCUGUUUUAAAAAUAAAAAUUUUGAACUAU